AAGGUAGUUGAGGGGAGCAUCCGGACCCAGCUGACGCAAGCAGAGACCGACGCCGUGACGUAAUCAUAAGGCGACGACGGCUUGAAUUGUUUUGUUCAAAUCGUGGUCAGAUGAAACUUGUGAUUUUAUAGACAAGGGACCAUGGUGGUGUUCCUGUUCCGUUUAUUCACCGAGGACUAUCUUGAAUGUGACGUGUUCUAGACUGGGAAAGGCUUGAGAAUCCCUUUUCCUCCUACGCAUCAAAAGUACUCUCCAGAGGAGGAACGUGGAGGGAACUGUGAGGAUAAAAACCAACAGAGGAGCAACAUACAAUACCUAAUAUUCACAGGAUCAAGAGGAAGGAGAAAUAAGUCGUGUGGAGUCUUGGGGAUGGGGUUGGAGAGCCAACGGAGGACGUCAUGGUUCACAGCGGCUCUGCAUUCCCAAUGAAAGCAUCAACCUCACCUCAUUUAACUGUUCCCGCUACGGCCCCUCCUCCUCAGGCUGCUCCUCCUCUUGUGCCUCCUCAUGGAAAUACCACAGAUCAGGACCUGACCCCCGCCGAAGUCCUCGCCACAGACCAUACCUCUAACUCCGUCUUAACCCAGCCUUCCACUCUAACCCCCGUUGGCCCAGAUGUCCCCUCAACAAAAGCUUCCUCCUGGUCCCACUCACCUACCACCACCACUCUGAGCCAAGUCAAUGGCCGAACGUCGGGGAGGAAGAGGACCCCUAAGGCCUGUGACUGUUGUGGCCCCAACAGUACAGGACACAAUGUCCCGACCUUGGGCAGAUGGAGGGGGAGAGGCAGAGGUAGAGGAAGGGGGGCUGGAAGGGACCUCAAAGACACCCCGAAAAGAAAAGUGCAGGGCCAGCUGACACAAAUCAGGUGUUUCGAUUUGACUGCGGAGAAUGUGGUGGAAGCAAGGGAUGAAGAUGGCGGCCAUGAGAAGGUGCAUGCCCCUCCAGUUAUGGAUGAUGCACAGUCCCAAGCGGAAAUUGCUCCACCUGUCACAGUCUCCCUGCAGGAUACACCACAAAGGAACUAUGUUGCUCCAGAGCAAAGGAAUACACAAAAAAUGGAGAACAUGUUGAGAGCAGGGUCAGCGAGUAAAGAAGGAGACAAUAGUAGGGAUGUGGAGAUGAUGGUGUCUACAAUAGCAGGCCGGGGAGCAAAAGUGGUUAGAGGGAGGGGAAUGGUGGGAGCUUUGUCUGCAUCAGAUACGUAUGUAGAAGGUGGAACAGAGAAGGGAGGUUUAGGUGGUGUUGUCUACGGUUUAAAAGUGGACGAUGUGUCUCCAUUAGUGUUUGUGCAGGGACAAAACAGAGCUGUGGAUAUGGACCAUGGUGGGCAGAAUGAUCCCACCUCAAUUAAAUCUUCAUUUGGAAAUGGAGACACGGUAAACCUGAGUGACACCGAACCUGAAGAAGACACGAAGGGGGGUAACACAAUGAAAGAAAUGGAAAAUGGCCUUCUUUCUAUGUGCCGACAGUCUGAUGCUUCAAGGUCAGGAUCUGCCCAGGACCUGGACCUGGACCUGGACAUGCAGGUGGACGGAACUCCUGACGGAACAAUCUCGAUGUUUCCACUAACUCUGUCCAACGGAGACGUCACCAGUCCAACAAACACCGCCCACUGCUCCACUCUCAUGGAGGUGGAAACGUCUCCUCCGACUGUGGUUGCUCCUCCGUUCCCGGGCCCUAUUGCAGUUCUCAGCAUGCAGUACAGCUGGGCAUUAAGAGAUCACGGGCUGUACUGUCAACCGGGAACCUGGCUGGGGGUGGCGAUGGAGGCAGUAUCCGAGAAAACAAACAGACAGGAGCUGGAUGGAGAAAAGCAGCACACAGAGAGGCUGGAGCAGCUCACAGAUAUGAUCCACGAGUUUCUGGAGAGCUUCUACAUGAAGUACGGCAGUUUUAAUCCUCUCACAGAAAGUGAUGUCCUCGAAUACCUGAAGAAGAACAGCAACUCUGACCUCAGUAGCAAGGAGCUGGACAUCAGAGGGAAGAUGAGCCGUUACAGGGCGGGGCUUGCCUCUGCUCCCAUCGCGGGCUUCAUGGUGUCGUAUAACAAACACACCCUGGGCCUGGAGGACCUUGGCACGCUGGAGGAACAGAACUGGCUUAAUGAUCAGAUUAUCAACAUGUAUGGUGAACUCAUCAUGGAGGCGACGCAACACAAGGUCCACUUUUUCAACAGCUUUUUCCACAAGCAGCUGGUUGCCAAAGGUUAUGAUGGCGUGAAGAGAUGGACUAAAAAAGUGGAUCUGUUUUCCAAGUGGCUGCUGCUAUUUCCCAUCCAUUUAGAAAUCCACUGGUCUCUCAUCACAGUCACCAUGGCAACCAAAACCAUCAGUUACUACGACAGCCAAGGCAUCGUCUUCAGACACACCACCGAUAACAUCAUGAAGUAUCUUCAGUCUGAAGCCAGGGAGAAGCAACAGGCUGCUUUCCAGAAAGGCUGGAAGAUUACCAUCAUCAAGGGUAUUCCUCAGCAGAAAAACGACAGUGACUGUGGAGUUUUUGUUCUUGAGUACUGCCGGUGUCUCUCUGUGAAGCGGCCUCUUCUCUUCAGCCAGGAGGACAUGCCGCUUAUCCGAAAGAGAAUCCACAAGGAGCUGUGUGACUGCCACCUCAGCGAUUGAACCAGUGAACAAUGGUCACGUGGACUCGAUUCUGCUCGCCUCGCCGUACGGGACCGUCUGUGUUACUGACCCUUUGUGCUCCGGGGGAUUCUAACUGCCACUCUGCCGGUUUGACAGCAAGGCAGCGGCUCCUUUUGGACUUUGGAGGACUUUUGGAGUUCAUAAGCGGUCUUUGGCUGAGCAGAUUUUCUCUUUUUUUUUUUUUUUUUUUACUUGCAAGGAACUACUGACGUGGCCCUCUUCUGACCCGCGGAAGUGCUGGACCCUUACCCCUCAGGUUCCUUUGGUGUUUCACAUGUCCCGGUGGAUUUCAACCCAACGGACAGAGGGGAAAACCAUUGGACCAGCCGGACCUCUCGUCCCAAAUGGAGUGGCCUUUUCCAAGAGAGACAUUUUUAGCUGUUCGGUGGUGAUUGUUCUCCACGGCAGUUUCACAGCUACAUGAAAACGGCUGUUUCUUAACAUGUUUAAGGGUAGGAUGUGUUGAUUCAGUGGAGUGAAAACUUGAAGGUUUGUGUUUGGUUUGUUCAUGGACUACAUAUAUUUGCACAGUUAAAGCCUAUUAGUUGAAGAGUCUAGAAUAUCCACUGAAUGUACUGAUCACAUAUACUUCCUGACUGCCUCGCAGGGUUCAGACUCGCCACCGUACCGGCUAAUGGCGCACUAGCAAACAGGGAUAUCAUUUUUCAAUGUUUAUUUUUUUUGGGAGGGGGGGGGGGAGAAUGUAGUUUUAUUAAAAAUUCCACAUUAUUUAACUGAAUUUUCUCUUUUGUUGUGACCACGUUCUUAAGAUACAAGCAUUUUCUUUCCCUUUUCAGCCGAAAUCCACUUUAUGACUAUGACCAACAAAAGGCUUCUUUGUAGCUCGUAGCUGCUGAUGUGAGGACCAGCGGUUUGAUGCAUUAACACAGGUGAAGUUCCACCAGCUGUUAACAGAAAAAACAAGUGGACCUCAGCUAUUUUGUUUUAUUAUCUUCUGUCCAACCUAGAUUUUGUUUCAGUAUUCAGUUGUGUAUUUACAGAUUGUAUUAUUGUACUUUUACUGGCCAACUACUGUACAUGCUUGCUUUGGCUACAAACCAGUUGUUUCUUGACUAUUUUUAUUGUUAUUAAAAAAAGCCAAUGCUGCUGGA